AUGAGGAGUACAAAUCGAAUUUCUCUAGCAAAGCAACAUGGGAGCAACUACGGGUCCACAACCCAAAACUCUCUUGGUGCAAAGCUGUUUGGUUUAAACAGAGCAUUUAUUCCUCGGUUUGCUUUCAUCACAUGGUUAGCUUUUCCGGACAGACUGUCUACGGGAGCGAGGAGUCGAGCUUGGGGUUGUGUGCAACCGUGCCUCCUCUGUGGGGAACCGGACGAGACUCGCGACCACCUGUUCUUCGCUUACCCUUACUCCUUUACGGUGUGGAUCGAUCUAGUAGGAUUCCUAUUGGGCUCUCUUGUGAACCCCGACUGGGCUAUCACCGUCGCAUCGAUCAUGUCCCCUCGCAGGAGGGAGAUUGAUACAUGUCUCCUGAAGCUUGCUCUCCAAGCUAGUAUCCAUAGUCUUUGGCGUGAGAGGAACAGCAGGCACCACCAGGGAAAUCCCCAUAGCGCAGCCCAAAUGGUCCGAUAUAUUGACAAGACCAUUAGGAACAGGAUCUCCUCCCUAUGA